AUAAAUAGUCUCGCUCCGCUGGCCGGCAACUGGCACCAGCACCGAGGCAGGAGCGGCGAUCCAUUCCACACAACCACCACUGCUCUUGCCCCAGCCCGCCGCAGGAGUUGCCAGAUCUGCUCCGGUCACAGGAGCUCCGACUCCGAGCCCUCUCCAAUGGCGGUUAAGGUCUACGUCGUGUACUAUUCCAUGUAUGGACAUGUUGGCAAACUAGCUGAAGAGAUCCAGAAAGGUGCCUCGUCUGUUGAAGGUGUUGAAGCUAAAACAUGGCAGGUCCCUGAAACCCUCCCUGAGGAAGUGCUUGGAAAGAUGGGCGCACCCCCUAAGCCUGACGUGCCAGUCAUCACGCCGCAAGAACUCGCAGAGGCCGACGGAAUCCUCUUCGGGUUCCCAACGAGGUUCGGAAUGAUGGCAGCGCAGAUGAAGGCGUUCUUCGAUGCCACUGGUGGGCUCUGGAGGGAGCAGAGCCUUGCCGGCAAGCCUGCCGGCGUCUUCUUCUGCACUGGAUCCCAGGGUGGUGGCCAGGAGACGACAGCGUUGACAGCGAUCACCCAGUUGACGCACCACGGCAUGGUGUUCGUGCCUGUGGGCUACACCUUCGGCGCCAAGCUGUUCGGCAUGGACCAGGUUCAGGGCGGCAGCCCCUACGGCGCCGGCACGUUCGCCGCCGACGGCUCGAGGUGGCCGAGCGAGGUGGAGCUGGAGCACGCCUUCCACCAGGGGAAGUACUUCGCAGGCAUCGCCAAGAAGCUCAAGGGUUCAGCCUGAUCUACACAUAUACCCUUGUCGGAUAUCAUAAAAAACACUUAUUACAGAUUCGUCUUACCCAUCAAUAGAUCGGUCUGUUCUCUCGUGGUGUCUGGAUGUUGUGUGGCUCAGUGGAACUUUCAUGCUACGGUGACUUUGUUGUAAUCUGGAGUUGGAAUAUCGUUGUUUCGCA